UUAAAUUUUUUGUCAAAUCAAAUCAAGACAUUAAAUUGAGAUUGAUGUCAGUAAUUUUUUCCCUCUAGACUUGUCUAAAUAACUCAAUUUAGUCCAACACUUCAAUUCCUGCAAGCUGCAGCAACCAAAAAGCCAAGAAAAAAAUACCACAAGGAUCCUGAAAUCAAGAAUGCAAUCACCUUGUUUCAAUUGUAUUUGCUGCAAGAACUCCCAUGGAGAUAAAAAUCACCCCUCUAAAAUCAGCAUAAUCAUCACUUGCCAUCGCGAAUUCAUGGAUGCAGUAGCUUCAUCCAUCCAUCCAAAUUCCCAAUUCACUAACCAUGAAUGUUUGCCUUCUUGUGCAGAACUAUUUGCCAACUUAAAAGAUGCAUAUCCACACUACAUCCAAACUAAUCUUGCUGAUGAAAUCCGAGCACACGAAUACUAUCACCUCACUCUUUCGAAACGUGUUUGUCUUGAUUACAAUGGCAAUGGCCUUUUUUCUUACUACCAGCAACAGAGAAUUAAAUAUCAUCCAACACUCGAUUCAAUCGCCUCUUCAUCAUCAGCUCCACCUCCCUCUACUUCUCUCGACGAGCCUUUCUUUAACAUUUCGUAUAAGUCAGUGAGUUUAAGUACUCAAUUGCUCUACGGAGGCCAAGAAUCGGACUUUGAACGUAAAAUGAGGAAAAGGAUUAUGAAAUACAUGAAUGUCUCAAAGCAUGAUUAUUCCAUGGUAUUUACCGCUAACCAAUCUUCUGCUUUUAAGCUUUUGGCAGACUCUUAUCUUUUUGAGUCUAAUCCAAACCUCCUUACUGUUUACGAUCAUGAACAUGAAGCAGUGGAAGAGAUGAUCGACAGCGCUAAGAAAAAAGGUGCUAAAGUAGUAUCAGCAGAGUUUUCAUGGCCUAAUUUGAGAAUCAAUUCAAGAAAAUUGCGAAAGACGCUUGGUGUCAAGAAGAAGAAGAAAGGGUUAUUCGUUUUCCCUCUUCAAUCUAAAGUGACAGGCACAAAAUACUCGUAUCAAUGGAUGAAUAUUGCACAAGAAAACGGCUGGCAUGUCUUGUUUGAAGCAUCUGCUUUAGGUCCCAAAGAAAUGGAAACAUUAGGCCUUUCAAUCUUUCAGCCUGAUUUUCUCAUUUGCAAUUUCUACAAAGUGUUUGGUGAAAAUCCAUCUGGUUUUUGUUGUUUGUUUGUGAAAAAUUCAAGUAUAUCCCAUCUCAACAAAUCCUUUACUAGUUUGGGAAUUAUUUGUCUUGUUCCAGCAGACGCAAAAUCACUUGAAGACAAAAUUGCCUCUUCUUCGUCUUCAACUUCAUCAGAAUCUCAUCAAGAAACAAAUCAAGUGUCUGAUGAAGAACCAAAGAAAAUAACCACAUUGUUCGAAAUACUAAAUUGGGGUAACAAAUCGAACAAGAAAACUAUUUCAAAGACAAGUAUGAAGUUUGAUGAAUUGGAAUGCAGAGGAUUGGAUCAUGCUGAUAAAUUAGGCCUAAUACUAACAAGUAGCAGAGCAAGAUAUCUUAUAAACUGGCUAAUAAACGCGUUAACGUGCCUUCAACAUCCUUAUACUGAAGAUAUUCAUCAUCCUUUAGUGAAAAUCUAUGGAUCAAAGAUACAUUUCAAUAGAGGACCAGCUGUGGCAUUCAAUGUGUUUGAUUGGAAAGGCCAAAAGAUUGAUCCAACACUAGUACAGAAGCUCGCGGAUCGAAACAACAUAUCACUUUCUUGUGCAUUUUUGCAGCAUAUAUGGUUUACAAAAAUGUAUGAUGAUGAGAAAAAGACAAUCUUGGAGAUUCAAAGAAGUGGUGAUGAUAAUAAUAAUAAUAAUAAUAUUAUUAAGAAGGGGAAAUUGAAUUGUGGUGUAUCAGUGAUUAGUGUUUCAAUUGGGAUGAUGACAAAUUUUGAAGAUUUGUAUAGGUUAUGGAGUUUUAUAGCUAGAUUUUUGGAUGCUGAUUUUGUUGAGAAAGAAAGAUGGAGAUAUAAGGCACUUAAUCAAACAACUAUUGAGGUGUAGAUUGAAAUUUUAUUGCUAGAACUAGUACAUUGAUUCUUUUAUUCUUCUUUUUUCCUACUACAUUAUUAGUCAUUUGUUUUGCAAACUAUGUUGCUCGGCUCUUCAAAAAUGAUAUCGUAUUCGUGUCUGAUCCUCCAAAAGAUGCACUACUUUGGAGGAUACGAGAUGCACCCUAUGGUAUUUUUGAAUAGUCAGAGCAACAUAGAUUUGACAUUUUUUAUUCAUUCCUUUCUUACUUUUUAUUUCUUUUGACAUUUAAUAAGUGUUGAUGAUGCCUCUCAAAAGCAAUCAA